CGCGACGGCCAGCGCGGGCCCGGGUCUCGCCGCCGCCAUGGCCACCGUGGACCUGGAGAAGCUGCGGAUGUCGGGGGCCGGCAAGGCCAUCGGCGUGUUGACCAGCGGCGGCGAUGCGCAAGGCAUGAAUGCAGCUGUGCGGGCUGUGACACGCAUGGGCAUCUAUGUGGGCGCCAAAGUCUUCCUCAUUUAUGAGGGCUACGAGGGCCUGGUGGGAGGUGGCGAGAACAUCCAACAGGCCAGCUGGCUCAGCGUCUCCAACAUCAUUCAGCUGGGUGGCACAAUCAUUGGCAGUGCCCGCUGCAAGGCCUUCACCACGCGGGAGGGCCGCCGCGCCGCGGCCUACAACCUGGUCCAGCGUGGCAUCACCAACUUGUGUGUCAUCGGCGGUGACGGCAGUCUCACAGGUGCCAACAUCUUCCGCAGCGAGUGGGGCAGCCUGCUGGAGGAGCUGGUACAGGAAGGGAAGAUCUCGGAGAGCACAGCCCAGACCUACUCGCACCUGAACAUCGCCGGCCUGGUGGGCUCCAUCGACAACGACUUCUGUGGCACCGACAUGACCAUUGGCACCGACUCGGCCCUGCACCGUAUCAUGGAGGUCAUUGAUGCCAUCACCACCACGGCCCAGAGCCACCAGAGGACCUUCGUGCUGGAGGUGAUGGGGCGGCACUGCGGGUACCUGGCGCUGGUAUCUGCGCUGGCCUCGGGGGCCGACUGGCUGUUCAUCCCGGAGGCGCCCCCCGAGGAUGGCUGGGAGAAUUUCAUGUGUGAGCGUCUGGGCGAGACCCGGAGCCGGGGGUCCCGGUUGAACAUCAUCAUCAUUGCCGAAGGCGCCAUUGACCGCAGCGGGAAGCCCAUCUCGUCCAGCUACGUGAAGGAUCUGGUGGUGCAGAGGCUGGGCUUCGACACGCGGGUCACCGUGCUGGGCCAUGUGCAGCGAGGAGGGACCCCGUCUGCCUUCGACCGUGUCCUGAGCAGCAAGAUGGGCAUGGAGGCGGUGAUGGCACUGCUGGAGGCCACGCCCGACACGCCAGCCUGCGUGGUCAGCCUGUCGGGGAACCAGUCUGUGCGGCUGCCACUCAUGGAGUGUGUGCAAGUGACCAAAGAGGUGCAGAAGGCCAUGGACGAGAGGCGGUUCGACGAGGCCAUCCAGCUGCGCGGCAGGAGCUUUGAGAAUAACUGGAACAUCUACAAACUGCUGGCCCACCAGAAACUGUCCAAAGAGAAGGUGAGGACCAACUUCUCGCUGGCCAUCCUGAAUGUGGGGGCCCCGGCAGCCGGCAUGAACGCGGCCGUGCGCUCGGCGGUGCGCACCGCCAUCUCCCAGGGCCACACGGUGUAUGUGGUGCACGACGGCUUCGAGGGCCUGGCCAAGGGGCAGGUGCAAGAGGUGAGCUGGCACGAUGUGGCUGGCUGGCUGGGCCGCGGUGGCUCCAUGCUGGGGACCAAGAGGACUCUGCCCAAGGCCCACCUGGAGCCCAUUGUGGACAACAUCCGCGCCUACAACAUCCAUGCUCUGCUGGUCAUCGGCGGGUUCGAGGCCUAUGAGGGCGUGCUGCAGCUAGUGGAGGCCCGGGGUCGCUACGAGGAGCUGUGCAUCGUCAUGUGUGUGGUCCCCGCCACCAUCAGCAACAACGUGCCCGGCACGGACUUCAGCCUGGGCUCGGACACCGCCGUGAACGCAGCCAUGGAGAGCUGUGACCGCAUCAAGCAGUCGGCCUCGGGCACCAAGCGCCGAGUGUUCAUCGUGGAGACCAUGGGCGGCUACUGCGGCUACCUGGCCACUGUGACGGGCAUCGCCGUGGGCGCCGAUGCUGCCUAUGUCUUCGAAGACCCUUUCAACAUUCACGACUUAAAGGCCAACGUGGAACACAUGACAGAGAAGAUGAAGACGGACAUCCAGAGGGGCCUGGUUCUCCGGAAUGAGAAGUGCCAUGACUACUAUACCACGGAGUUCCUCUACAAUCUGUACUCCUCGGAGGGCAAGGGUGUCUUUGACUGUAGGACCAACGUCCUGGGCCACCUGCAGCAGGGUGGGGCACCUACACCCUUUGACCGCAACUAUGGCACGAAGUUGGGCGUGAAGGCGAUGCUGUGGGUGUCGGAGAUGCUGCGGGCCGUGUACCGCAAGGGCCGGGUCUUUGCCAACGCACCCGACUCGGCCUGUGUGAUCGGCCUGCGCAAGAAGGUGGUGGCCUUCAGCCCGGUCACCGAGCUCAAGAAGGACACAGACUUCGAGCACCGCAUGCCGCGGGAGCAGUGGUGGCUGAACCUGCGGCUGAUGUUGAAGAUGUUGGCGCAUUACCGCAUCAGCAUGGCUGACUACGUGUCUGGAGAGCUCGAGCACGUGACACGCCGCAGCCUCAGCAUCGACACGGGCUUCUGAGCGGGGGGCCACCCGCCUGGGCCGCACCCACUCUGGUGACCCCUGGCGUCCACCCUGCCCCUGUGCUCCCCGCAAGCCGUCACCUUUUCUAGAAAUAAACCACCUCAC